UCAAAUGAGCAUGACUAACAUUAGCUGCUUGACAGGCUAAACAGCAAAGAGCCCAAUUGCCGUUUGAUUCUCCUACCUUUUAAUAGCCAACGUUACAUGGAACAAAAUAGCGUUACUCUGCCCCAACCAGGUUUAUGAAAACUACCAGAAGAAUAAUUUGAGUCACCAGGCCAGACUAAAGUUUGUUUACUCUGACAGCUUCAGCGCGGCAUUCGCAUUUUGCUAGCUAGCUUGUUACGCUAACGUAGCAACACCAACACCAGCUAGCUAGCUUGGUGUAGCACUGGACAUCUGCAUUCUUUCCAAUAUUAAUCGUAUUUGGGAAUUUUUAUUGCGGGGGACGAGGUUUUCCAUCGCUACGUACACGUCUCUGCGAGAACAAACAGUUGGCUAUCCUGGUACGCCCAUCUUGUUCUUCCAGAACCAGUCUUCUUAUUGCUGUUAAGUUAAAACCCUCACAUAAACUCUUGAAGUUUCAGGGAGAGGCAACCUGUGUUGUUAGGCGUUCAUUUAUAUACAGUGCUACACCUUCAGAAGCUCUUUUUACACUGCUUUGAAAGAGCAAAGACCUGCUAGACUUACUUCACCUGCUAAAAAACUACCCAAACCACAAUGGAACGACAGAUGGACUACUGUGCUCUUAUGAAUGGGCUUCAAGAGCUUGAUUUCCAAGGAAAAGCAGUGCCAAGUGAUCUUGUGUUAAUAGGUGACCACGCCUUUCCACUCUUAAUGAAUCCAAGAGGCCAGGUUCUAAUAGCAGCAUCACGCUACGGCCAGGGACGUAUAGUGGUGUUGGGACAUGAAGAGUACAUAACACAUUUCCCAAUCCUGAUAGAGAAUGCUUUGGCUUGGCUUAUGCCUUCAUGUGGUGAAAGGACCACAGUAGGCAUUCACAAAAGUCUUCAUUCACUUGCCACCAACCUAUGCUAUACAUCCAUGAAAACCAAAGUGGACGACUUCCAGAGUGAUUUUGCAGUCUAUAUCUCUGAUGCCUACAGUGUGGAUGCAUGUGCUAAAGACUUAGUGGCCUUUCUUAAAACUGGGGGAGGCUUGCUGAUCGCUGGCCAGGCCUGGAGCUGGGCUGCAGCCUAUCCUGAGGAGAAUACAUUACUCAGCUUCCCUGGGAAUAAGGUGUGCAGCGUGGCAGGAAUCUACUUCUCAGAACUUCAAGGGGAACUUGGCAAAUUUCCUGUGCCCAUGCAAAUUCCCUCUAGCUGGCUAGCAGUGUCAAUAGGCAAGGACUUCAAAGAAGACCUACAGUUCCUACUGGAAGGUGUUUCUGAGUUUGACAUUCAAGGUGGGGCUUUAGCAUCUGAGGUGAUGGCACAUGGACCAUUGGCGUUUCCUAUCGGGGUCACCGCUGGUGGUAGGGCAUUCAUUGCAGGGGCCUACUAUGGACAGGGAAGAGUAAUUGUGGUCACUCAUGAAGGCUAUAUGGGUCGUGAAUCACUGUCCGGGUUCAUGAUCAACGCUAUCCGUUGGCUUGACGAAGGGCGCAAUGGGGUUAUUGGUGUUUCACACAACCUUAGAGAGGCCCAUACGAUUCUGAGCAGGUCAGGGCUGGACUGCCAGUUCACUGGCUUAAGGGAAGACCUAAGUGUUUUUGUCUGUACAUCCUACAGUGAUGCUCAAAGUAAGGAAAUUCAGGAAUUUGUUGCUGAAGGUGGAGGUCUUUUAAUAGGAGGUCAUGCUUGGUACUGGGCCCAGUGCAAUCCUAACCGCAAUGUGAUGACAGAUUGCCCUGGAAAUCGUAUCCUCAAUAAGAUGGGCCUGUGUCUGAUGGGUAGAACCGUGGAGUCUGGUUUAUAUAAAGCCCAACAGGUGACAGAAGUGGGGAACUCCACACAGGCAUACCACUUCCGUGACUUGCUUCAGCGCUUUGCUGGACAUGUGGCCCAGGGCCACGAUCUGACAGAGCAUGACCAUGGGUGUCUGGAUAAGCUCAGACAUGACUGUGAAAAUUACCUGCGAAUGCAGGCUCAUGACUGUGCUUCCUACACUUCAGUGGUAGCACUCCUCGCUGAUAUGGUGAAAGAGGCUGGAGUUCCACAGGUGUGUCAUACAUGUCCUAUUAACAGUGCCAAGGAUAAACUUCUGCUACAUGUGGGGACUGAAGUGUACAAGGUUUGCCAAGACCCUGAUGCACUUCUGCCAUUCAUCAUCACGGAUAUACCCAGCCUUCCCACUGUGUCUAACGCAAGGGUCCACAUCAGCGCAAACACAUCUGAUUGUGAAGAAUGGAUAAGCACAGGUCUGUAUCUUUCUCCUGGAAUGAGGACCUACAUUGCAGUACCUGCAGAGCUCAUGGGCAAAGGUUGGCAGCUGCAGAUUGGCUGUCAGACAGAUUACUUAGGCAAUGCAGAUGUCCUGAAACGGGCUCCUGUGGUCCACGAACGGUUCGCUUUGGACAAAGAGAUGCCGCAGGUGUGGAAUCUGUGGGGGGGACUCAUAUACCUGAUCGCUCCACCCAACAGCAAAGUGGAUGGGGUGGAAGUUGUGAUACAGACAGCCAUAAAAGCACCAUACUACAAAUCUGGAGAGACUAGUGUAGCCAGCUGGGUGAACGAAAUCCGUAAUGCACCAGCGCCUUGGGCUGAGCUGGAGUUUGAGAAUCUCAUUAUCAGCUUACACUCAGAGGGGAUACGGCAGCUGGAUCGCCCUGACGAGGUGGCCAAUUUGUGGGAUAGCAUCAUGAGGGGUAUAGCUGACCUGGCCGCAAGGCCCGCAAAGUUUCCACGCAAAGAACGUUUUGUGGCUGACGUUCAGAUCUCACAUGGCUUCAUGCAUGCUGGCUACCCCAUUAUGAUCCUCUCCAGCUGUGGUCCAGAGCUGGUGAACCCAGAUUCAGCCAGAAAGCAUGGUCUUUGGGGUGCCAUCCACGAAUUAGGCCACAACCAGCAGCGCUGGGUCUGGGAGUUCCCUCCAAACACCACUGAAUGCACCUGUAACCUGUGGUCUGUGUAUGUGCAUGAGGAGGUGCUGGGAGUGAACAGAGCAACUGCUCAUGAGAACAUGAGGCCAGAAAGACGACAGAGUCGAGCUCAGAGUUACGCCAUGGCAGGCAGAAAUCUGGAGCACUGGAGUAUGUGGACGGCACUCGAGACUUACAUGCAGCUGCAAGACACGUUUGGCUGGGAUGCAUUUAAGAAAGUAUUUGCUGCUUACCACAACAUAAACAAUGUGCCAGGUGAUAACAACGGCAAGAUGAACCUGUAUGCUGAAACAUUCUCCAAGGUGGUAAACAGGAACCUGGCCCCAUUUUUCAAAGCCUGGGGUUGGCCUAUCCAGUCUGGCACAGAAGAAACACUCUCAAGUCUGCCUGAGUGGAGUGACCAUCCAAUGGCCCAGUAUGGAUGUUAGUGUAAUAUGCUUGCUUCUGUAUUGGCCAGUAUAGAAAACGCUCAUAAUUUAAAGCUGGCCUGGUGGUUUUACCAGCACUACUUAUGUUCAGGGCCCACUUUCUGAAAAACAUCUUAGUGUUAAGUGUGAUGCCUGCUGUAUGAUCUUUGUGCCAAGAUGGCAGUUAAGUUUUUUUCUUUUCUUUUUUUGAAGGUAAUGAUAAACUAGAUUUAGGCAAGAAAUUCUAAGGUGGAUGGAAUAUUUAUUUAUGUUUAUUGCUAUGAAGGGUAAAUUAGAUUAUUAUUAUAUGGUAUUAUAUGACAUUAUAAAUGGUAUGUAUGGUAUUAUAUGACAUCACGUAGGUUGAUACUUUAUUUUUCUAGCGGGUUACAAGUGCCUUUAUACUAAACACUAACUUGUUUUUGCAAAUUAUGAACAGUACAAUACGCAAUAUUGUAACUGACAUGUUAUACAAUAGCUUUGCACAAGAUGAUGAGAAAAAAUGUGUGUACUUUUACUCACAUUGUUUACAAAUAAAUGGUGUGUAUGAACUCUUAA